AUUCGGCAUAAGUGCGAACAGUUAUAUCUAACUUGUUUUACAAGGAAAAGAACCAAUCCCGUUGGACCAGAUCAGUGCAGUCUAGUGAAGUCGUCAGUGUCCAGGCCAGUGGAAGUGUGGUUUACGAACUUAUACCAAAUCUACUCACUGAAAGUUUAUUAAACCUUAAUAAACAUUGGUCCACAUCAGAAGUGAUAUUAUCCGGAAAACCCGGUGCAGAAACAGGUACUUCCCCAAUCCAAAUCUCCAUUGAGUGAGAGAAAACUCAUACAACAAGAACAGAAGACUGAUUAGAGCCUAAAGUGUGUCGAAAAUGGGCACGUCAUCGUUGUGGCUGGUGGUGGCUUUCUUAGCCGGCUUGACCCAUUCCGGAUGGGCGUUGUAUUCGUCAUCCGAUGAUGUCGUGGAGCUCAACGCAAACAAUUUCGAUCGAUUGGUUGUCAAGAGUGACGAGGUAUGGAUAGUCGAAUUCUACGCUCCAUUCUGUGGUCACUGUCGAAAUCUCGUUCCGGAGUAUAAAAAGGCCGCAACUGCUUUGAAGGGAGUUAUCAAGGUUGGCGGCAUCAAUUGCGAAGAAGAGCAAAGUCUGUGUGGCCAAUACGGAGUUCGUGGAUAUCCCACCAUUAAAAUCUUCGGCUCAAACAAGCGCACACCCGUGGACUACAAUGGCCAGCGUACGGCCAAAGACAUCGCUGAAUCAGGUCUUGCUGAAGCAAAGAAGAAAAUUAAAAACGUUCUCGGAGGUGGCUCAAGUGGAUCAUCCGAAAGCGGUAGUAGUUCCGGAUCGAACGAUGUAGUCGAGUUGACAGAUUCCAACUUUGACAAACUGGUUCUAAAUGGUGACGACAUUUGGUUGGUCGAAUUCUUUGCUCCAUGGUGCGGUCAUUGCAAAAACCUUGCUCCCCAUUGGGCUAAAGCCGCCACCGAAUUGAAAGGAAAAGUUAAACUUGGCGCCCUGGAUGCAACAGUCCACACCAUCAAGGCCCGACAAUAUGGAAUUGAGGGUUAUCCAACUAUAAAAUUCUUCGCUGGCGGAGCCAAAGACCGCGAAUCUGCACAGGAUUACGACGGAGGUCGCACUGCGUCGGAUAUUGUCAACUGGGCCCUGGAGAAAUUCAGUGAGAAUAUUCCUGCACCUGAAAUUGUUCAACUUACAUCGGAGGAUGUUACGAAAAAGACUUGCGAAGAUAAGCCCCUGUGCGUCGUUUCUGUCCUUCCUCACAUCCUGGAUUGCGACGCAGCAUGCCGUAAUAAAUAUCUUGCCAUCCUGGCCAAGAUGGGCGAAAAAUACAAAAAGAAGCAAUGGGGCUGGUUGUGGUCCGAAGGCGGGGCCCAGCCCGAAAUAGAAAACAUUUUGGACAUUGGUGGUUUCGGCUAUCCAGCGAUGGCCGUCGUAAACGUUAAAAAGAUGAAAUACUCUCUGCUACGCGGAUCCUUCUCGGAGGAUGGCAUCAACGAAUUCCUGCGAGAUUUAUCGUAUGGCCGAGGACACACGGCCCCGGUGAAGGGUGCGGCGCUACCAAAGAUCUACGAUGUCGAACCGUGGGAUGGUAAGGAUGGCCAACUCCCGGAGGAGGAAGAUAUCGAUCUCUCUGAUGUGGAUCUAGAAGAGAAAGAUGAGCUCUAAGCGUUGGGGCGUUUUAGUCCAAGUCAAAAGAUUUAAAUUUAAGUGGUUCACAGCAUUUCAAAGAACAAAGACAUUUCGCUUCUUAUGAUGGGGAAUGUAAUAAAGCUCAAAUUGAGAAUACUUA